AUGCAGCAAGCGAAGGUGAAGGUGAAGGACGGCGCAAGCGCGCUGAGGGCCAAGGCGAAGAUCGUGUGGGCCAAACUAGCAAAGAACACAGAGGCUGCGACGUCGAGGUCGCACAAUGAGAGGCAGCUAGCGCACGAGAGUGGCAAGGCCAAGGUCGGUACCGCUGAGGCGCAGCUGCACCAAGAGAAGGUCGCGCACCGUGAGGCCGCCAUGGAGCACCGCCUCCACAAGAACGCAGGCGUCGGCGGCCACAACCACAAGCACGGCGCCGGUGGCGUGCACUGA